ACGCUCAGUUCUUUGCGAUCGCUUGAGGCGUGUGCAACUUGCGCUGUUCGGACGCGGCGUGAGCGAAAUUUCGUGUUCGAAACGUUUCCCGCCAUUUGCUUCACACAGUGCAAUCGUAUCUACAUCACAAGUGCGUUAAUAAUAUUGUGCAGUUAAAUCUAAUUUAUAAAUAAAUUAGUCUUUCACGCGAAGUCAAAUUGUGUUAUCAAUAUGUUGUCGAAAGACAUUAACAUUUUGUUAUAUUUCGAAAAUAUUUUUUACUUUUACGAUUCACCGUUUGUUUGUUAGUUUCGCGAAACAAAAAUCGCAACUGUUUUCAUUUCUUGUUUGGUAUAAAGCUUUUAUUAUUUACGUAGUUUUGGUCAAGUGUUGUUAGCGGGAGAAUACGACGUGAAGUGCUAACUCAAUGAACGAAUUUGUUAUCGCAAAUUUGGUUUUCAUUGUGGUGUGCGUCAAUCGGCAACGCGUUUCUAUCAGUUAAUUAAUUCUCGUUUCGUCACCUAUAUUUUUGCGGCGCAUUUUAUCACAGCGUUGGCAAAUAGUUCGUGUUUGUGUUUGUGGGGUGCUAUCAGCUCAAGUCAACAAGAUGGAUUUCGGUGCGUUGAGCAGGCACGACAGAAACAAUCAUCUCUGCAGAUUUCCGCGAACACGGUGCAUUUGCCAUGAUCACGCAUCACGCUACGAACGGCUUAGUGAAGAUGGGCAUAUCGAGCUAUCAUCGAUACCGGAAGAUCGCGACGAUGCUGACUUUGUCGAGUAUAAUUUCAAUCCGGUGGACAAGGACGACACAAAUGAGAAAGAAGAGACGUUAUUGUUCUACAACGACGACGGCAGCUACCAGUCGGUUGUCGUCGAACGAUCGCUGUGUGCCAGCGACCUGUGCCAAGUGCUCGCGUUGAAGAAUCGCCUCGCGAAGAGCGUCACGUGGAGCAUUAUCGAGCACUGGGUGGAUCAGGGUCUAGAGCGAAUACUCGAAGACCACGAAUACGUUCUUUCUGCAUACAGAGACCUGCGAACAUAUUCCAGGGAUAUAAGUUACCGCUUUAUAUUUCGUAUGGAAUAUAGAAAAUACGAAUUCUUCCAUCAUCCUCAGCAAUUCUUUCCGACUGACAUGACUGACCUGCAUUUGUCUAACGACGGAACCAUUGGUGUUAGUAAUUUUUCGCUGCAACAGUUGGUCACACAAGAAGGACAAAGUCCGGCCAUCUUGUCGCCUAUGUGGGUGCGCAACGAGAAGCAGGUGUGGGGCAAGGCGUUCGUCGUGCUUCUCGACAAGAAGUUAUACAUCAGUCGCGAAGUAUGCAUUUUGGCAUCAUUCGUAAGGGCAGCAAAAAUCGGGGUCUGCGAUAAAAGUGACUACGGCGUCCGAGUGCUAGCGAAGCUUGCGAAUUAUCAGGUGUAUACGACGCUGAACGCGAAGAACCAAUUUCGCGCGCCCACCGAGUGGGGUAUAUGUCUUCGACCCGCCGGUCUGGGUUCCGACGACUUCGACAAUCCGGGUUUCCUUUGUCUCGCUUGUGACUCGGAAAAGGCCCGCUCCUGUUGGCUGACAGCCAUGAGGCUCGCUAAGUACGGCAAACAAUUGCGUGAGAACUACAGGGCGUUCAAGAACAAGCAGUCCGAAUCCAUCAACCCCAACUAUAGUAGUUACACAGUACCAAAUGAAUCGGUGCGUUCCCGAGUGGCGAUGGACUUCACUGGCUCGGUCGGCCGCAUCGUCGACGAUCCGAAGGAGGCGAAAGCCAUCGCGGUGGCUGAGGGUUAUUCGUGGAAGCGGCGCUGGCGGCCGACAUGUCGGGUGCCCUCUUCGCAACAGAUCGCAGGCAUCGAUUCGGGGGUUCACAUCACACAGCCGUGGUUCCACAGCGGGAUGAGUCGGGAUCAGGCCACUGCGCUUGUCAACCGGCACGGCACUGUUGACGGGGUAUUCUUAGUACGGGAAAGUCGAUCAAAUCCAGGAGCGUUCGUCCUGACGUACAAAUUUGGAGGCAAAGUAUACCACGCACAGAUAACACCCAUUUUGGACCAGGUGCGUGACGCUCACGUCUUCUCGCUGGACAGCGGCGUGACGAAGUUCUACGACUUGCUGCAGCUCGUAGAAUUCUACCAGCUAAACGCCGGCUGCCUGCCGACUCGGCUCACCCAUUACGUCGUCCAGAGUACAAACAUCAUCAACAACCCGACGAACAACACGAACGGUAUCUAACGGAGCGCUCCGGAUAUCAGUCGACUUCAUGACAUUUCAUACAUCUAGCAAAGUAGCAACUGCAAGACAGCACAACUCAAAAGGAGAGAGAUAUCAUUGAUGAAAAUAAAAUUUAAGUGUGCGCCAACCAAAUAAAUAAUUCUACGACCAGUGGAUUGGUGCGCGCUAGUUACUCGUGCACUGAUUUGAUAGGCUAACAAAUUGCAAACAAACGGACUUUUAUGAAAAUUGAUACAACUACAUAAAUAUUAAUUAUAACGCUAUUGAUUUUAUUUUUUUACGAUUUUUCUGCGAGCGAUGCGAGACGGGGUGCAGCGAAGGAGAUGUGACUAAUGUUGAAACAGUCCAGUCAAUAAAAGUAAGACGAACGUGAUAAUUAUCGUGUACUACUGUAAAUUUAAUUAAUAGCUAGGUACCGUGAAUAGAUAUAUUAGGAGACUGUUUAUUUAAUUGGAGGAUUUCGCUGCGAAUACGAUUGAUUCUUAAUCGGUCUAUUUAGCGCAUUAUUGUUAUCGGUGAGAAACAUUGUCCAGUAAUUAUGUACACAGUAAUUAUUACCAUUCGAUGGGUCAGCGCAGGAAGCAAUUGAGGCGAGCUAUUUCGAAUGAAGUUGCGGUUGCAGAAAAAGAAGGCACCGCAUUAAAUGGAUUAUUUAUUUAUUACUUAUUUUUAUUUACCUUCUUCUCUUUGUUCUUUUGAAAAAGAAACUUCAGUAUUAUCUCUUCAUAAUAUGAAAAAAUAAUGAAACAGGGUGUUUUUUAACAAAAUAAUGAUUAACCAUGAUGACGAUGAUUAUGAAGACGGUGUUGAUCAUUUGAUAAUCUCGAAGUGUAAUUUUGUUUUUAUAUAUAUUAACCUUAUUAUCAUUAUAAGUGAUUAAUUAACUAUUGAAUUCAUUUGUUUGUUUGUUCGUAAUUGUAGAGCAAAGGCUGUGGAUUAAACAUUUGAUUGUACAAGUUUUCUCGUGCGAGAGGGGAGGAAAAACGAAACAAACUGAAUAAUUUGAUUAAUUAUAUACAUAUGACGCGUAUACCGACUAAUUGGAGAAAUUGUCCUGGCACUGAAAUUCAAAUCUGCAACAGGGAUAUCGAAUAACAGACUGUCACAGCAAAUCAAAGAGAAAACGCAAACGCGACAACCGAGAUCUACGAUUUACGAUUCCAACAAUUGAUAUUUUAUAGAGAAACAAUUUAUACCGCGACAUUAAGCUAGUCUUUGUUGCCAGGACGCUCAGAAAUCGUAUUAAAAAUCACUAUAAAGGAAGGGCACAUGAAAAUAAAUAAUCAUCACUCAAUACCAAAUAAUAAUGAUAGAAAUUACAAUUACAUGUAAUUAUGAACGAAAAACCAAACCAACUCAAAUUGCAAAGCAAAAUUUAUUUAUAUCUAUGAAUGUAUUAAGUUGGAAACUAUUUCAAUAAAGCAAUAUGUCUUUUCUACAAAAAAUGAAUGAAACAAAAACCAAUUUGUUCUAUUUUUAAUUCGAUUUCUAUUAAGUUGUAGUAGAUGUGAUAAAUAAUUUUAGAAUUUUGUAUAAAAGGAGAAAAUAACUGAGAGUGCAUAUGUAUUCUGUAGGGAACAAACCGAAAACCGACCGAAUUGAAUUGAAUGGAAUUAAUGCUUAAACUGAAUUCAAACUUAUUUCUAAGAGAAUUAUUUUGUUCAAAUGUAGAUUUUUUAAGGUGCAUUAAAUUAUUGUUUAUGUAACACUACUAAUCAUAAUUUAUGGUCAAUUUCUGAUCGACAUUUAUUUAUUCAAUAUUCUUUGCGCCAACAUCAUUUUCAGUUUGAUCAGUGUAACAAAAUACACUGUUGUCUCUAUGCCAAUUGCCUGUAUAAAUACAUAAUAUGUAAGAUGUAUGUAAAAUCUUCAAUUGCUGGAAAAUUUAGAAUUUAGCUACAAACCACACAUUAAAAAUUUAUUUGUUUCAAAUGCAUAUUCAAGACAUGAAAGUAAGCUGUAUGUAUCAAGUCCAAUAAAAAGAAUUAAUUUAUGGCAAUUAAA